GUUUCUCGCCCUCCUUUUCCCUCGAUCUCGUCAUCGUCUGAGUUUUGAUAGACUACUACUUCUGCAGCCUUUCUCGCUCAGAUGAGUAUUUGCUUUCUAGAUAGGCUUCCACUGGCCUUGAUAUUGGGUUUUCUCCCCUUUACCGUGGCUCAAGUAUGUCUCCCGCCUUUGGGUGAGGACGGGUACUCCUACAAUGCGACCGACCAAUCUGUCCUGGACGCCAUCGCGAAAAAUUGCACCACUAUAAAUGGAAGCAUUGUGAUCGCGACAGGCUAUACCGGCUCCUUCUACCUACCCAAUGUUCGCAAUAUCACUGGACAGAUUCGCUAUGGUUGGGAGGGGGACCCCGCGGUACCCGCACCGACGUCUAUCAGUCUUCCAGAUCUUGAGUACAUGGGGAGUGAUAUGUACCUGCUGGGUAUUUCGACUUUGGCAAAUGUGUCCGCGCCAAUGUUGAAGACGGCCGGGUGGGCGCUAAGAAUGGAUUAUGUGCAGGACGUUGAUUUGCGAUCAUUGGAAACCGUAAGAUAUGUGGAGAUCUCUGGCGAUAUUUCCAGUCUACGUCUAGACUCACUACGAAAUGUCUCCGGACACUUUUCUAUCUGCAAUAAGGAUAGAUGCGAGGAAAACCAGUCUUCGACCACACCGUUAUAUAUCUCUCUUCCUUCGCUGCAAUCUGUGGGUACCAUAGAAACAGCUGGAAGUCUGUCAGGGCUAGCAGUGCCAAACCUCACAACUAUCAAGGAAGAGGCUAGAUUUGCUGGCUUCCACCGCACCGCAUCCAAUGAAUCAGCUAUCAACAUUGCUUUUCCUCGCCUCAAAAGUGCGCCUGCAUACAUGAUUUUGGGAGGGAACAUCUCAAGUCUUUCCAUGCCGGAGAUGCGGAACAUGAGUGGAUAUUUUCGAGUUGAUGCUGGUGAUUCACUAGCCAUUGACCUCCCUUUUGAAGAGGCGUCGUCUAUUGCCUUGUACGGAGCAAUUUCAAGUGUGAAAUUUCCUAAGCUGAAAUCCCUUUUCGGCUUCAGCGUCCAUAGCAGCCUCUCCUUGGAUUGCCAAUCCGUGGAGGAAACCAUCAGGAAGGCCGCCAAUGGCUCAAAAGGCUAUGUCGACUGCAGCUCGAAAAAGCACUCGAAAAGGCUAGGCACCGGGGCCAUUGCCGGUAUCGUGGUUGGUGUUGUGAUCGGUGUCGGACUGAUAGUUGCCCUUGGAGUACUGUAUUACAUCAAGCGGCGAAAGAGACGAGAAGAAAAGCCAGAAUCGAACACGGAACUGAAUGACUUAAGUCCACCAUGCUACGAAGAGCCGCAGGCGGUUCAGGUUCCUCCUCCGAAGUAUUCUCCUCCCUUGGGUUCGACGUGAGUAGUAUGCAUAUGUCUGGCUGUCAACGUGGGUCCUAUUUACUCAAGUCACUUGCUACAAUAUUGUAUAUAUAUCACAACUGUCAAGUGGGCUUGAUCUGGGAAUGUUUCUGCAUUAUUCUGGCCUGGGGCGCCCGGUAUGGCCUGCUAUAACAGAAAAGCUCUUGAAAGUGGUAGUAUGGAGGGUUUCUUAUUCAGUCUGCCUUACUCAAUGUACAUGUACCUUAGGUAGCAGUCAUUCCUUUUUUCAAAUCGG